UCAGAACGGUUUUGCCUUUGGACAGAAAAGCAUCCGCACUUUUGCUACCGUCAGCGUUAGUACUGCUGUAUUGUUAAAUAGUUGUUGUUUUUACUUUGGCUACAAUGAAACAUUAUUGCAGAUGAAGUGAGGAUCGAGACAGUGAGUGACAUCUAUGUUACUCAACAGAGGCAGUGAUGGGGACAAACAGCCAGAGCGCCACCAUCAUGGAGACUGAAGAUGAUGUCCCAGAUCCUGCUCAGUUUAUCGAUGACACUGCAGCGUGCAUUGUUUCUGUGAAAGGCUUAAAGGAGAACUGGCAGAAGUGGUCUGAUGAGCACCGGAAGUACCAGAAGCACAACCCCUUCAGUCACGACACCAGGUCCAGUGUGGCGGUCCCUCAAAGGGGGCAGGACGAUUAUGGGAGACCCCUGCAGGGCUCUGUGACGGAACAACGGGGGAAGGAUGCUCACACACACAUCAGCAGAGAAGUUGAGGAACUCUGUGAAGUGAUCAGGAACAUUGGAGAGACUGGAGACAAAGAUGGGGGUGGAAGUGGCAGCAAUGAGAAAGUGGUUACCGUGAAAUUUAGGAAACUGUUUGAGCAUUAUGUGACGAUCUCUAAUAAACUGGUGGGGAUUCUUCUACGAGCGAGGAAGCAGAGGCUGGUUGACUUUGAGGGGGAGAUGCUGUGGCAGGGAAAAGAUGACCAUGCAGUUAUCACUCUGUUGCACUUGGAUUAGUGUUUAUGCCUUGAUUCAUGUUACAUGCAGUAUAUGCAGUGUCAUGCAGCUAUUCCAUGGCAGCACUUACUGUAGUAUUCAUAUAGCGUGGGCCGUUGUACAAAUUGUACUUUAGUCAUAUCAUGGCACUCUUAUUAAGAAAAAAUAGCUGUUUUUCUUGCUUGCACAAGUAAAAACCUCAGAGGCUGAUAAGUCACACCACCUCCCUGAGGAGAGUACAUUAGGCAUAUAUUUUCUCUUCAUGCUAAAACAAACAAUCUACAAAAGAUUUACAAAGAGCAGAUAUAGAAAAAAGUCACAACUAAAAACACUGUUAUGAAUUUAGGUCAUACAGUGUAAAAUUAGCAAACAUUUGUCAUCAGUAUGUUGAUACAUGAAUUUUCAAAGCACUCAAAAAAGAAAAAUCAUGUCAAGGGGAAUAUAAUCAUGACAGGAUAUGCCAAGCUAAAAAUUAAACACAAAUAAAGAGAAACACCAUGGUCAUAUGUUAAAACUUCACAACAGAGAUAUGACACUAUCACUAACUUUUUAACGUGGGGAGUGAGCAGCUGCAAUGAAGUCAGAGUGGUUAAUGAGUCUGAACCAAAGGCAAAGAGAACAUGAGGCUGCCAGUGACAGACAAUAUGGUGCUAUAGGAUGAACUUGAUCCGACUGUGCUUCGAGCAUGUAUUUAUUACAAGUGUGCUUUGUAAUUUACCUUGUGACAGUUUGAAACGUUGUAUACCUGCACCACACUGAGCUAGAUGUAUAAUAAACUACAAAUGCUGCUUUAAUGAAAUGAAAGCUACACAGUAAACUAUGCCCUAACUGAUAUACGCCAUAAUAUCUGCUGCUAUUAAAAGUAAUGGGCCAUGGAAACUAAUGAAUGUUUUUCUUUAGC